GGGCGGGGCGGAGUUGCUGCUCCCCGCUCGGGCUGGCGGCCGCAGGGGGGAGACCGCUGUCAGCAGCGAGCGCUUUGGGUGCCGGCGGAUCCCCUCCGGUGGUGGCGCCGCCUCGCGCUUCGCUGCCUGGCCCUCGGGCGGCCGUCCCGGCGGCGGGAUGUGCUCGGCCCGGCAGCUCCUCAGAGGCGGCGGUGGCAGCGACUGCAGCGGUGACGGCGGGGCGCGCGGCGAGGACGGGGACGCGCUGGCCGAGCAGGCUGCGGCGGGGACCGAAGGGGAGCCCGGGGCGAGCCCGCGGCGGAGCGGGCGGCGGCCGCAGGAGGAGCGCGGGCAGGAUUGUGAAGAAUCACAGAACAAUGCUGGCGAUCCUGUUGGAGAUGACUACAAAAAGAUGGGAACACUUUUUGGUGAGCUGAACAAAAACCUCAUCAACAUGGGCUUUACGAGGAUGUACCUUGGAGAACGGAUUGUGGAACCAGUGAUCGUCAUUUUCUUUUGGGUUAUGCUGUGGUUCCUUGGCCUACAAGCCUUUGGACUAGUUGCUGUUCUUUGCCUUGUCAUUAUUUAUGUACAACAUUAAAAUAUGGCCGAAUGAGCUGUUGGUUGACAUUUGGUAGCCAUAUAAAAAAUAAUUAGUGAAGUUAUAUAUUUCACUACAUGAAAGCCAAAAAGUUUGCCUUGUUUCAAAUUGUGUGCUGUUUUAUAAUAUAAUUAUAAGUGGAUAUUGUUUAAAAUAAAACUCAACUCUUGAUUAUAACAGGGUUCAAUAUACAUCUUGUAGCUUAUUCAAAACUCUUGUUUUAAUACUAUAAUCUGUGCCCAUUUUUAAAUAUCCCUAUUUCCAUGCCAAAUCUUAAAUACCACCACCAAGUGAGCAGGGAAAAUAACAGGAUAUGGAGUUCAAAUUGGGCAAUAUAGGUCUUAUAAAGAGCUCCAGUAAAAUAUGUUAGAAGAAAAAUGAUGAAACAAUAAGCUAAAAAUAAGUUGUACUUGGGGAAUUUCUCCCUACCCACUCCCACCAAAUAACCCCAUAUUAUUUGGGAAAUAAUUUGGACUUCUAUUGUCCCUGCUCAGCCCAAACCAUUGUAUAUGAUAAUUACUAUACACUACCUUAACGUUUUUAUGAAAAUCAGUAAAGUUAGCACAUCUACAGAUUGACAAUAAUAUAUUUAUUAUUGCUUGGGAAACUUCCCAAGUUAAAUAUAACUUUUUUACAAUGAAACAUGUGGGCCUGAAAUCACUUCAGUAUAUCAUUUGAAGUUUUAGAUAAUUUUGGUGCUAAUUACUUUUUGUGAGUUUUUAAAGUCUCCUAAGCCAGAUCCAUAGUUAGUUGUACCCCAUAGUAAUGCUAUAUUUUCUUGUACCUAACAAGUUGCAUAUUUUUUCCUAGAGAGACAUUUGCAGUGUUUUUGUUUUUUCAAAAUUUAUAUUUUAUAGUUCUUUUAUAAAAAUUAUUGUAAGACUUUAAAAAUCAAUUUAUCUUGGCAUGAAUUACUUUUUCCCCCAAAAAAUUGAUUUGUAUUAUAGCUGAAAUACUUAACUAUUGUUUUUUUUUUUGGGGGGGGGGGGGGUCAGUUCAUUUCUUUGAUAUAUGUAUUGGAAAUUACAGUAUUACAGAAUAAAAACCAAAUGCUUAAAUGGAA